GACCAAGCACAACAGCCUACCUCACCUCCAACCCGCCCGCAAUCCUCCGCCCCCAUCACCUCGCCUGGCUCCCCGAUCCUCAGCUGGAAAAGAGAACAGUCGAGUGUGUUUAGGCGCUCGGCCAUCGAUUGUCGCGGUCUAGCUCCUACGUUUCCCCCUCCCCCUUCCCUCCCGGGAUUCAAAACGGUCUCCCAGCCGCUGGGAGAGAAAGCGGACCAGGCGGGGUGGAGGGAUUGCCGAACGCACGGAUGAGUGUGUGGAAGGGUUCGUGUUCUGUCUAGCGAGAGGCGGCAGUGGCGGCGGGGGGGCUGUCUCUGUGGCGCGAGGCCGGUACACGCCCCCCCCCCCCCACGCCGGCAGCCUCCCGUGCGCUCCUUGCGCCCCCGCACCGCCUACUUCGCGCGGUGUCCUCACGCGGCUUCAGAGGAGAGUGUGAGUGAGUGAGUGAGUGAGUGAGAGAGGAGGGAGGGGGUGCGCGCGAGUCGCGGCGGCGGCGGCGCGGGCUACCCCCCCCCCCCCCCCCGCCGCGGUGUGUGCAGGGAGGGAGCAGCCGGGGGCUCGGCGGCGGCAGAAGCGUCUCUCUCCGGCUCCUCCUCCCGGCUCCCUCCAUCUAUUUGCCGUGGCCAUGGCCCGUCGCGGGAGCACAAAGGAGCCCCCGGGUUGGAGGUCAGCGCGGCUCCUGCUCUUCCUCGUCAGUGUGGGCGGAAAUGGUGCUCUUGCAGAACAUUCUGAAAAUGUGCAUAUUUCAGGAGUGUCAACUGCUUGUGGAGAGACUCCAGAACAAAUUAGAGGACCAAGUGGGAUAAUCACAAGCCCUGGGUGGCCUUUUGAAUAUCCUGCCAGAAUCAACUGUAGCUGGUAUAUUCGGGCAAACCCAGGGGAAAUCAUUACUAUAAGUUUUCAGGAUUUUGAUAUUCAGGGAUCAAGAAGAUGCAAUUUGGACUGGUUGACGAUAGAAACCUUCAAGAAUGUUGAAAGUUAUAGAGCCUGUGGCUCCACUAUUCCACCACCAUAUAUUUCAUCACAGGACCAUGUUUGGAUCAAAUUUCAUUCUGACGACAGCAUCUCCAGGAAAGGUUUCAGACUGGCAUAUUUUUCAGGAAAAUCUGAUGAACCAAAUUGUGCAUGUGAUCAAUUUCGUUGUGGUAAUGGAAAAUGCAUUCCCGAAACCUGGAAAUGUAAUAACAUGGAUGAGUGUGGAGACAAUUCUGAUGAAGAGAUAUGUGCCAAAGAAGCUGACCCUCCAACAGCUUCCUCUUUUCAACCCUGUGCUUACAACCAAUUUCAAUGUCUAUCUCGAUUUACCAAAGUUUACACUUGUCUUCCUGAAUCCUUAAAAUGUGAUGGAAACAUUGACUGUCUUGACCUAGGAGAUGAAAUUGACUGUGAUGUACAGACAUGUGGACAGUGGUUAAAAUACUUUUAUGGUACUUUUAAUUCUCCCAAUUAUCCAGAUUUUUAUCCUCCAGGAAGCAAUUGCACCUGGUUAAUAGACACUGGUGAUCAUCGCAAAGUAAUUUUGCGCUUCACUGACUUUAAGCUUGAUGGUACUGGUUAUGGUGAUUAUGUCAAAAUAUAUGAUGGAUUAGAAGAAAAUCCACACAAGCUUUUACGUGUAUUAACUGCUUUUGACUCUCAUGCACCUCUUACAGUUGUUUCUUCUUCUGGGCAGAUAAGAGUUCAUUUUUGUGCUGAUAAAGUGAAUGCUGCCAGGGGUUUUAAUGCUACCUAUCAAGUCGAUGGAUUCUGUUUGCCUUGGGAAAUACCCUGUGGGGGUAACUGGGGUUGUUAUACUGAGCAGCAACGUUGUGAUGGGUAUUGGCAUUGCCCAAAUGGGAGGGAUGAAAUCAACUGUACCAUGUGCCAAAAGGAGGAGUUUCCUUGUUCAAGAAAUGGUGUCUGUUACCCUCGUUCUGACCGCUGCAAUUACCAGAAUCACUGCCCUAAUGGCUCCGAUGAAAAAAACUGCUUUUUUUGUCAACCAGGAAAUUUUCAUUGUAAAAAUAAUCGAUGUGUAUUUGAAAGCUGGGUUUGUGAUUCUCAAGAUGACUGUGGUGAUGGCAGUGAUGAGGAGAACUGCCCAGUAAUUGUGCCUACCAGAGUUAUAACAGCAGCAGUCAUAGGGAGUCUCAUCUGUGGACUGUUACUCGUCAUUGCAUUGGGGUGUACUUGUAAACUGUAUUCUUUAAGGAUGUUUGAACGAAGAUCAUUUGAAACACAGUUGUCAAGAGUUGAAGCAGAACUAUUAAGAAGAGAAGCUCCUCCUUCUUAUGGACAAUUGAUAGCCCAAGGAUUGAUUCCACCAGUUGAAGAUUUCCCUGUUUGUUCACCUAACCAGGCUUCAGUUUUGGAAAACCUAAGGCUAGCUGUGCGAUCUCAACUUGGAUUUACCUCAAUCAGGCUCCCAAUAGCAGGCAGAUCCAGCAACAUUUGGAAUCGUAUUUUUAAUUUUGCAAGAUCACGUCAUUCAGGAUCACUUGCUCUGGUGUCAGCAGAUGGAGAUGAUGUUCCUACUCAAAAUUCUAGUAGAGAACCUGAAAGAAAUACUGCUCAUAGAAACCUAUUUUCAGUUGAGUCUGAUGACACAGACACAGAGAAUGAGAGGAGAGACACUGCUGGAGCAGUUGGUGGAGUUGCAGCCCCUUUACCUCAAAAAGUCGCUCCCACAACAGCCAUCGAGGCAACAGUAGGAGCAUGUGGAAGUUCCUCAAGUCAGAAUACCCGCAGUGGUAAUACAGAUAAUGGAAGGGAUGUGUCCAGUGUAGAACCUCCAAGCGUGAGCCCAGCUCGUCACCAGCUCACUAGUGCAUUGAGUCGAGUGACUCAAGGUUUACGUUGGGUUCGCUUUACAUUAGGGAGAUCAAGCUCUGUCAAUCAGAACCAGAGUCCUUUGAGACAGCUUGAUAAUGGGGUGAGUGGGAGAGAAGAAGAUGAUGAUGUUGAAAUGCUAAUUCCUGUUUCUGAUGUAGCAUCAGACUUUGAUGUGAAUGACUGUUCCAGACCUCUUCUUGAUCUUGCUUCAGAUCAAGGACAAGGGCUUAGACAACCUUACAGUGCAGCACACCAUGGAGUAAGGCCAUGUAAUCGAGAUGGCCCUUGUGAGCGCUGUGGUAUUGUUCACACUGCCCAGAUACCCGACUCAUGCUUAGAACCAACUCUAAAAAGUGAAACUAGUGAUGAUGAGGCUUUGUUACUUUGUUAGGUACCGUUUGAUUAGGGGAGAUUGUAUACAAGUUGGAGCAAUAUCCAGUCAUUGUUUUGUACUUUACAAUUAAGAAAACUAGUUUUAGUUUAAAAAAAAAUCCAGGGCAAAUUCAUAUUCUGAUGUGUUAGCCUGCAUGGUUAAAUAAACAAUUCCAACUCUUAUGAACUGCUAGAGUGAACAUUUUAGCAGCUACAAGUACAUCAUGAAUCCAUACUAUUAGGUAACCAAUGUUCAUCCCAUUAGUUUAUAAUUUGUUUAUCCUGGUACUGUAGUUCACAGUAGAAAUAUGGCUGCUGGAAACUCAUUUGACUAUCAGGUUAUUUAUCCUAUGUUGAAAUUUAUUUGUACAGAGUGAUAUUUUCCUUAGGAACUAAACCUGUUGUGUUAUUACCAACACAUACCCUGUAACUUAAUAUACUAAAGCUGUUAUACUUUUAAUGUGCAAAAGUUCACAUCUUUUUCCCCUUAUUUUUGACUUCUAUUACAUUUGUCUAAAUAUUCUUGAAUUUCAUCUUAAUAAUAUGAACUUAUCAAAGGAAGAAAAAAUUUCUCUAAAUCUUUUAAGUUAAACAUGCAGUGAUGUGUGAAAUUUAGGUGUAGUUAGAUAAACUGAUAACAGAUACAAAAUCCUUUUAUAGAUUUUAUAAUGUUGAAUUUAAUACAGUACUCUCUAACAUGGUACAAAACCAAAUGGUAUGUAAAAUCCCAAGUCAUUUUUCUUCAUCUCUAUUUGGGGACAGAAUAAAGUGGCCGAAGAUAUUCUACUAUGCAUUAAUUCUUGAACUUUAUAAAAUUUGUACAAAUACUGUACAAGAUAAUUUCCAGCUGGUAAUGUCUUUCCCUGAUAUAUACAGGGUCUGCUUGUAUUGGACCGAAGGGAUUUGCACUAAAAUCAUAUCAAGGUCUCAAAUGAGCUUAGUGCACAAGCACUAUCACUUUAAAUACUAUUAUUCGCUAAUACUGCAAUGAAUAUAUAUUUCCAUAGCUCUUCUCUUGGGGUGUUGCAUUUUUAUUACAAUUUAAAUUGCUUUGCUGGUUCUCUAUUUAUUUGUUGUAUUUAAAGUUUGAAUUAUCUGGUUGUAAGAAAAAUGUUUUUUCAGUAUAUGUUUUGUUUUAUUUUUUGUUUGGGGACAGGGUUUUGUAAUUUUCGUGUUGGAGAAAAACAAGUGGGAAAAUCGUUUCAAAUUUUGUGAUAAAGUGAUACUGCCACUAGAGUGAUUACAAGACCCUACAUCCUUUGUUUUUUGUCAACUACUGUUAUUUAUUCUUUGCCAAUGUUUCAGUAGCUUAAUGAUUCAGUAUGAAAAAGUGUAUUUGUGUGUGACUAUGCUAUUUAUUAAAUUUUAAAUAUUUUGCUGAAUGUCAUUUUAAAGCAUGUUUAAGGUCUUGUGCAUUUGUCGUGUUAUGCUGUCAGGCAGAACUGACUAAAAUGUUUUAAUAUGUAUCAAUUAAAAUGACUUUUUGUUA